AUGGAUAUCUCUCACCCCGCAGCAGGAUGGGAUAGUGUUGGUGAGAAGUGGUUCCGCAAGACGCAGCUCUACACCGAGGUCUUCGACCAAGACGUGGAUCUCGAUAAUUACAUCGUUGCUGGUGCCCCAUAUGGAGGCGCAUUAGCUCUCCAUCGAGAUGAAUCCAAGAUUCAGGCGUUUCGCGCCCAGCAAUCGUCCAAACCUAGUAUCGACAUCUACAGCUAUGCUGGCAAGCAGCUGAAGGCCAUCCCCUGGGAUAAGGGCUCUAUCAAGGGUCUCGGAUGGACCGAGGACGAAAGGCUUCUCGUUGUUACCACAGACGGGACCGUGCGAGUCUACGACCUUCAAGGCGAUUUUACCCAGUUCUCCCUCGGGAAUGGCGCUGAUAACUACGGCGUCCACUCGUGCAGAUUUUAUGACCACGGGAUGGUCGCCCUCCUCACAAACCACGCCCUCGUCUCCGUCACCUCAUACACCGAGCCGCGACCAAAACUUCUCGCCUCACCUCCCGACGGCGAAAUCCACUCCUGGGCCGUCAUCCCCCCGGCUUACACCCUCUCCCGCUCCGUCGAGGUGCUUCUCAGCAUCGGCCAGACCAUCUACGUGGUCGACCCCACCGAAUGUGAAGACCGAUUCCUCGACAUCGGCCCCUUCAGCCACGUCAGCGUCUCCCCCGACGGCGCCUGUGCCGCCCUGUACACGCAGUCCGGCACAGCCCAUGUGAUUGCCAGCGACUUUCAACAGAGGUUUAUCGAGUAUAGCUCGCAAUCCAAGAUCCCGCCCAAGUAUGUCGAGUGGUGUGGCAGGGACGCCGUCAUUGCGUGGGAGGACGAGGUGCACCUGAUCGGGCCCGAUAACGCCUCGGCCACCUUCUUCUACGACGGACGGGUUCACGUCAUCUCUGAACAUGACGGCGCGAGGUUCAUCACCAAUGAUGUAUGCGAGUUCCUCGAGCGCGUACCCCGGGCUACCGAGGAAGUAUUCGGCGCAAAGACCGAAUCCUCGCCGGCCUCUAUCCUCUUGGACGCCGUCCACCAGCUGGAAAUGCAGUCCCCCAAGGCCGAGGACUGCAUCCAGCUCAUCCGGCCCAACCUCACCGAGGCCGUCGACACGUGCGUCAACGCCGCCGGCCGCGAGUGGAGCGUCCACUGGCAGAAGCAGCUCCUGAAAGCCGCCUCCUUCGGCAAGUCGGUCCUCGACAUCUACAACAGCGACGACUUUGUCGACAUGUGCGAGACCCUACGCGUCCUCAACGCCGUGCGCUUCUACGAGGUCGGCCUGCCGCUUUCCUUCGCCCAGUACCAGCGCCUCGCCCCGGACGGCCUCCUCCAACGCCUGCUGAGCCGCCACGAGUACCUCCUCGCCCUCAAGAUCGCCGGCUACCUCCACCUGCCCACGGACCGCAUCUACGUGCACUGGGCCUGCGCCAAAGUGCGCGCGGGGACCGACGACGAGACCACCAUCUGCCGCACCAUCGUCGACCGGCUCUCCGGCAAACCAGGCAUCUCCUUCGAAGAGAUCGCGCGCGCCGCCUACGACGAAGGCAGGGGCCGGCUCGCCACCGAGCUGCUCAACCACGAGCCCCGCGGCGGCCGCCAGGUGCCGCUGCUCCUCAGCAUGGAGGAGGACGAGCUGGCGCUCGAUAAGGCCGUCGAGAGCGGCGACUCGGACCUCAUGUACACGGUGCUGCUGGAAAUGAAGAAGAAGCUGCCCCUCGCCGCCUUCUUCCGCGUCAUCAACGCGCGCCCUGCCGCCACCGCCCUCGUCGAGGCGUCGGCGGCGCGCGAGGCCGACAACGCGCUGCUCAAGGACCUCUACUACCAGGACGACCGGCGCGUGGAGGGCGCUGACGUCUUCGUCCGCGAGGCGAUGCGCCAGCCUGACGCGCGCACCGCGGGGGACAAGCUGGCGCUGGCGGCUCGGAUCCUGGCGGACGCCAAGGAGGCUGCCCUCGAGGUACGGGCCUUGAAGGAGGCGGCCGCGCUGCUUAGGCUGCAGGAGGCGCUCGAUCGCGACCUGACCGAGCCGUUUACGGGCCUCAGUGUGAAUGAUACCAUGUUCAAGCUCAUCCGGCUUGGGUACCACGGCCGGGCGAAGAAGAUACAGAGCGAGUUUAAGGUGCCGGAGAAGGUGGCGUGUUGGAUCCGGCUCCGAGCGUUGGUGGCGAAGCGUGACUGGGCUGAGAUUGAAGACGUUGCCAAGUCCAAGAAGAGUCCGAUUGGGUGGGAGCCCUACUACAACCUCACCCUGCAAGCGGGCAACCCGCGGCUGGCCGCCAUCUUCAUUCCCAAGUGCACGGGCCUCGAGCCCGGCGAGACGGUGACCAUGUACGAAAAGUGCGGCAUGCGCGUCAAAGCCGCCGAGGAGGCCGUCCGGCUCAAGGACGCUGAUGCGUGGACCCGUCUGCUGGAAGCGGCGGGGCGGAAUUCGCAGGAGGGGAGGGAGAUUGAGAGGCUGGGGCAGGCGGUUUUCAAGAGGUGA